GAUGAAAACUUCACAUCAACUCACAUAUUGCUAAAGAAAAAAUAUUUUUAGAUUUUAGUUUAUUGUUCUGUGUAAAUGAACAAAAAUGUACUGAAGUAUUUUUUGUGUUUAGUAGUUUUUUGUUUCUGAAGUGUAGCUUAUACAGGUUGAACAACACGGAUCUGUUGGUUCUUGUUACAGAACACACCUAUGAUUGACAUAAAACAGACAAGCUGGUCCAGUAAACAUGUUUGGCUUUGACAAGAAUGUUUCAGAACAUGACUAAAAACCAAACUGUACCAUGACAGGCAUGCAGGUGUGUGGUUGUGUGUCGGUUACACAAGAGUUCCUGUUCACUUCAUCAGAACUUUGUCCGCCUCCACGCCGGCGUGGUCCUGCUUUUGUUUCUGUUCCUAAAUCAACUGGAAAGUCUUCAUUUCCUGAGGUUCAAUCUGGUUUUAUCAAUGAAAAUCAUAAUUUAAACUAUGAUAAUUUUCUCAUUUAUGUCUUGACAACUUUACUCUUUGCGGAAAAAUAAGGGAUUAAACAGGUUUGGAAAAUGGAUGGCUGAAUUCAGAUGAUGUAAUUCUUCAUCCAGCUCUGCAGAAACUGAUUUACCUCUAAAAAUUGAUUCACUGUCAACCUAGAUUCUAAAUAAAACAUGGAAGUUGUUGUGAAAUAAAUUUUUCCUAUUGCACUUGAAGGCACCGUCUUUUCUUAUUCCUCCUCCCCCAUGAGAAGCAAUCAGAGCAGACCUGAGGAACGUGGAAGAACGUCUGUGCCGUGAAAAAUGUCGGCCAAAAAAGCUCUGAAGAAAUGUCUGCAGAGUCUCUCCAGCGAUGAAUUUAAUGCUUUCAUCAGUGAGCUGCUGGACAGAGAAGGAGAACCGCGUGUUUACAAAAACCAGGUGGAGGGAAAGGGCGUCAUUGAAGUCACUAAUGUGAUGGUGAACGUGUUCUCUGAGAGGAACGUCCUGAGUGUGGCUGUGGAGGUUCUCAGAGAGGCGAAUCUGGGCGGCUUUGCAGACCAGCUGGCUGCAUCUGCACCUGUAUCAGCACCUGUACCAGCACCUGUUGCAUCAGGUCCAGCCCCAUCAAACCCCGCCCCCUCACCAGGUGGAUCUCUUUCAGCAAAAGAGUUUGUGGAAAAAUAUAAGAUGGAGUUGAUCAAAAGACUGACCGACACUGAUCCUCUGUUUGAUCUACUCCUCCAUCACAAAGUUCUCAGUGGUCAUUCCUAUUCUGAAUUCAAAGCUCUGCCUACCGACAGAGGGAGGAUGAGUAAACUGCUGAUGGGGCCGUAUCUGAAGAGCAAAGCCACCUGUGAGAUCUUCUACAACUUCCUGAAGGAGGAGCAGCCGUUUCUCAUCGAUGAGCUUUUGGAAAACUGAACUCCAUGUUUUCAGGAGAGUUAAGGAACAAAUCUUCAUCUGAACAGUUCUUGUGAGACCUGCUCUGAAAGUCAAAAGGAAAAAAAACCUACAAGAGUUUUUAAAGCUAAAGCAAUCAUCUCGCCACAAAUGCUGUUUGUUUUUAUCAAUGUCACGUUUCCACAGUUUGACUGACAGCUUUUCUGUCUUCGUUUAAUUCUUUGAAGUUUAAAUUUCACAAUAAAAUCUCAGUUUCAUCUAUCUUGAGAACCCAGUGGAUCUUUUGGGUCACAGAUCUGCUGGAGCCUAUCCUUUCUAUUGUAAAAUGAAAAACAAAAAAGUGUUUUAGAAAAAACUAAAUGAUAUUAGUAAAACAGAGUUCUAAAGAUGAACUUUGCGUUUUUUUGUUGUGAGGUUUGACUGAAUCUCAAACCUCAGUACAGUUUCCUUUCAGGUCAUGGACUGGUGGACUGGCUCUACACCCUCUUCAGGGGGCUGGAGGGUUGAUGGGGGUUUGUUCAUUCAGUCCAUUUGGGCUUUAUGGAUUUGGAGAAAGCGUUAAGCUUUGGGGAGAAAUUAAACUAAGUGUGUGUAAUUCUUUUGUGUGUAACUGUGGACUUGUAAUUGUGUAUUCACAUGUACACUCACGUAUCAAAACUUACAAAUACAAUUAACGAAAUUACAGCUGCUUAAACCAAACUACAAAUUCAAAACGGCUCCAACACACAAAUCUUUAAUUAGUAUCUACGCAACAAUCGGCUGACGCACAAAACCACAUUUACGCACAGAUCAGAGGGUUGUGAUUCUCCAGGUCUGUGCGUUGACGAUGUGUUUGAGUGCAGGUAAAAUGCUGGGUCAUCAGAGCUUUUUAUCAGCAACUUUGAACCCAGGUUUUGAAUAACAUCUAGAAAAAACGUUUAUUUUUUUCCACUUUCUUAACCCUAGAGCACCAUCGCCGGAUUAUUUUCACCCGAGCAAAAUUAUUGACGUGAAUUUCAACAUGUGGCGUUUUCAGGAGUCUGCGUCUUCAUCAGGAAGGCUCACGAGUCCCAGGCACAGGGGGACUAGAGACCAAGUUUCCACAUCACUUUAAUAUUUUUUAGGAUUUUUUUCUAUAAUUUUUGAGUUUGUUUUUAGGAAAUUGCUUUGUUUUACUUUUUUUAUUUUGCUACACAUAUCACAGUCGCAAAUAAAGAAAACCACUAAUUUAUCA